UGCAGCAGAGGGCAUUUACAGCCUGCUGCACAACUCCGCCCGUAGACGACCAAGCGCUCCUCGUCCCGAACGACACGAGCCCCCCAAUGGCCCUCCGCAGGACCAGUAUAUUAAACCAGAUGGAUUACGGCCGCGAGUCGAAAGACGGGAAGCCGGCUCCGUCGACGGAGGAGCGGCUGGACAGCGGCCUGGACUCGCUGAAGGAGGACGAGUACCAGGCUGUGGCGGCCGAGAUCCGUCUGCUGCAGCUGGAGUGCGAGCCGCCGCAGCGCGGACGAGCUGCCCCGGCAGCCGGAGAGCCGCACGAGUGGAAAACGCAAAUCACGGAGGACGGAGACACGCUGCUCCACCUGGCCAUCAUCCACGAGGCCAAGGACUACAUCAGAACCAUGAUCGACCUGUCCAAGAACACAGACUUCCUCAACACACAGAAUGACCAGAGACAGACUCCUCUGCACUUAGCCGUAAUAACGAACCAGGCACAUGUGUGCCAGCGCCUGCUGGCAUCCGGCUGCGACCCCACGCUGGUGGACGACAGCGGGGACACGCCUCUUCACAUCGCCUGUCGCCACGGCAACCUGCCGUGCUUCAGCGUCCUCACGCAGAACUGCCCUCUGGAGCAUCUGCCCACGGUGAUGGCUGCCUGCAACUAUCACGGUCAGAACUGCCUCCACCUGGCCUCAGUUCAGGGGUUCCUGUCCCUGGUGGAGAACAUGGUGGAUCUCGGAGCUGACAUCAACUCAAAGGAGCAGCGGAACGGGCGCAGUGCGCUGCACCUGGCCGUGGACCAGCAGAACCUUUCGCUGGUCCAACUGCUGCUGAAGAAAGGAGCGGACCCCAACCUCCUGACCUUCGGGGGCCACACUCCCUUCCACCUCACCUACGGCCGCAACGAUAACGACAUCAGGAAAGAGCUUUACUCGCUGACCGAUCCCGCCUUGCGAGACCUCCCCGACAGCGAGUCGGACAACAGCGAGGAAGAGGAGGACGAGUCCGACGAGGAGGUGGGUUACGACGACAUACAGUGGAACGGGCAUUAGCGGCGAGCAGCGGGGGGAGGAAGUUACAGAGGCAGGAGGAUGCGAUGAUGACAGUAAAAGAACAAGUGAACGGGUUCGGCAGCGUCCGUUACACCCUGAAAAUACGUCACGCGGGCCCGACAGCGCUGGAGGUGGGAGACGAGUCGGUCCCGGGCCACCAGAGGACAGACACGGCGAGCUGUGACGGCAGGGCGAGUUUUGCUCUAUGAUGAAGAAGGGAUGGUUCAUAUUCGGGGGGGGAACCGCAAAUCAUGUGUCACAGAAAGCAAGAGAAGAACAUCAUCCAUCCACACAGGCGUACCUGCAACAGCUCUGUUGUAUGAUAUUGUAAAUGCUGUGUAUACAAAGAUGUAUUUUUUAUGGAGGUGUGAAUGUGGACAUUCGAGCAGGUUGUACAUGUCCAGCACACUCCAGUUAAAUUAAAGACACUCAUAUUUAACAUUAAAA